AUGCUGCAUAAUCUGAAGUGGCUUAAAGGCAAGAUAAACAAAACACAAGAUGGCGAUGCUCAACCCAAUGACAAAACUGGGGCAAGCCAGAGGAGUGAAAACAUAAAGUCAGAAACAAAAUCGGAUGACAACGCAUCAUCACCCGAUCCAGCCAUUCAAGAUGAGGCCACGCCCACACCGGAACAAAACCAACCGAAAGAGCCCAAUCCAACGGAUGUGAAGCAACCCACACCAUCGCCGGUAGCAACCGACUUGCAGACGAUAGCUGUAGGAGAUGUCACGGAUGCGUUAUGCGGAUUACCAGGCAAUAAGGUUUGCGGCAAGGGGGCCAUGGUUGUUCAAAUCAUGAGGGUAUCAAAUGCGACUUCCGCCUACCUGCUCACAGCCAUCUAG